GCCAGAGGCGGGACCAGCCGCCGCCGUCUCCGUCUCGGUGUCCCGACCCCCACAGCGCCCGGCAGCCGCGGCGGGAGAAGCGGAAACCGCGGGUGCGCCCUGCUCGGAGCCGCGCCGGCCGAGAGCGAGCCGAGGAGCGGCCGGGCGGCCUCCGUCCGGCCCGACCAGAGCGGCGCGCGUCCCCUCUCCGCAGCCGCCCCCACCCCCGGCGCGGCCCCGCCCCGCCCCGGCCCCGCCGGAGCUCGUCGUGGGCCCCCGGCCCGGCCCCGCGGCCCGAGCGCGCCCACCUGAGCCCCUGCGCCGGCGCCAUGGCGGAGCAGGAGAGCCUGGAGUUCGGCAAGGCGGACUUCGUGCUGAUGGACACCGUCUCCAUGCCCGAGUUCAUGGCCAACCUCAAACUCAGAUUUGAGAAAGGGCGCAUCUACACGUUCAUUGGAGAGGUCGUCGUUUCCGUGAAUCCUUACAAGGUGCUGAACAUCUACGGAAGAGACACCAUUGAGCAGUAUAAAGGACGUGAGCUGUACGAGAGGCCCCCUCACCUUUUUGCCAUUGCCGAUGCUGCUUACAAGGCUAUGAAGAGGAGAUCCAAAGACACUUGCAUUGUGAUAUCAGGGGAAAGUGGAGCUGGUAAAACAGAAGCCAGUAAGUACAUUAUGCAAUACAUUGCCGCCAUCACCAACCCUGGUCAGAGAGCAGAGGUUGAAAGAGUGACGAACAUGUUGCUUAAGUCCAACUGUGUUUUGGAAGCUUUUGGAAAUGCCAAAACCAACCGCAAUGACAACUCAAGCAGGUUUGGGAAAUACAUGGAUAUCAACUUUGAUUUCAAGGGGGACCCCAUUGGUGGACACAUCAAUAACUACCUACUGGAGAAGUCUCGAGUGAUUGUGCAACAGCCAGGAGAAAGAAGCUUUCAUUCUUUCUAUCAGCUACUCCAAGGAGGUUCAGAGCAGAUACUGCGUUCUCUGCAUCUCCAGAAAUCACUUUCCUCAUACAACUAUAUCCGUGUGGGAGCUCAAUUAAAGUCGUCAAUCAAUGAUGCCACAGAGUUCAAAGUAGUAGCUGAUGCCAUGAAGGUCAUUGGCUUCAAACCUGAGGAGAUUCAAACAGCGUAUAAAAUUUUGGCUACUAUUCUUCACUUGGGAAAUUUAAAAUUUGUAGUAGACGGGGACACACCUCUUAUUGAGAACGGCAAGGUUGUGUCUGUCAUAGCAGAAUUGCUCUCCACUAAGACGGACAUGGUUGAGAAAGCCCUUCUUUACCGGACGGUGGCCACAGGCCGUGAUAUAAUUGACAAGCAGCACACGGAACAGGAAGCUAGCUACGGCAGAGACGCCUUUGCCAAGGCCAUAUACGAGCGCCUUUUCUGUUGGAUUGUCACUCGCAUCAAUGACGUUAUCGACAUCAAGAACUAUGACACGACAAUCCACGGGAAAAACACCGUUAUUGGAGUCUUGGAUAUCUAUGGCUUUGAAAUCUUCGACAACAACAGCUUUGAACAGUUCUGUAUUAAUUACUGCAAUGAGAAACUGCAGCAGCUAUUUAUCCAGCUGGUUCUGAAACAAGAACAAGAGGAAUACCAGCGGGAAGGGAUCCCUUGGAAGCACAUUGACUACUUCAACAAUCAGAUCAUUGUGGACCUCGUGGAGCAGCAGCACAAAGGAAUCAUUGCCAUCCUAGAUGACGCUUGCAUGAAUGUUGGCAAAGUCACCGAUGAAAUGUUCCUUGAAGCGCUUAACAGUAAAUUGGGCAAACAUGGUCAUUUUUCCAGCCGAAAGGUCUGUGCCUCAGACAAAAUUCUGGAGUUUGAUCGAGACUUUCGAAUCCGACAUUAUGCGGGUGAUGUAGUUUAUUCUGUCAUUGGUUUUAUUGACAAAAAUAAAGACACUUUAUUUCAAGAUUUCAAGCGCCUUAUGUAUAACAGUUCAAAUCCUGUGUUGAAGAAUAUGUGGCCUGAAGGCAAACUGAGCAUUACGGAGGUGACCAAGCGACCUCUGACAGCGGCUACUCUGUUUAAGAAUUCUAUGAUUGCUUUAGUAGACAACCUUGCAUCAAAGGAACCUUACUACGUACGUUGCAUCAAACCCAAUGAGAAGAAGUCGCCACAGAUAUUCGAUGAGGAACGCUGCCGGCAUCAAGUGGAGUAUCUGGGACUACUGGAAAACGUGAGAGUGCGGCGGGCAGGGUUUGCCUUCCGCCAGACCUACGAGAAGUUUCUUCACAGGUAUAAGAUGAUCUCUGAAUUCACCUGGCCCAACCAUGACCUUCCUUCAGACAAAGAGGCUGUCAAGAAACUGAUCGAGCAAUAUGGUUUUCAGGAUGAUGUGGCUUAUGGGAAGACCAAAAUUUUCAUUCGAACACCCAGAACAUUGUUUACCUUAGAAGAAAAACGUGCCCAGAUGCUCGUAAGGAUUGUCCUCUUUCUACAAAAGGUGUGGCGGGGCACCCUGGCCCGUAUGCGGUACAAGAGAACCAAGGCCGCUCUGACGAUAAUCAGGUACUACCGGUGCUACAAAGUGAAAUCGUACAUCCGUGAGGUAGCCCGGCGCUUCCAGGGGGUCAGGACCAUGAGGGACUACGGGAAGCAUGUGACGUGGCCAGUGCCUCCUAAGGUUCUUCACCAUGUCCAGGAGUUCCUGCAGUCGAUUUUUAAUAGGUGGAGAGCAUACCAGCUCAUCAAGAGCAUUUCAGCUUCUGACCUGCCCCAAGUCAGGGCAAAGGUUGCAGCCGUGGAAAUGUUGAAGGGUCAAAGGGCUGACCUUGGGCUCCAAAGAGCCUGGGAGGGCAACUACCUUGCUUCAAAGCCAGAUACACCUCAGACCUCAGGCACUUUUGUCCCUGUUGCCAAUGAACUGAAACGGAAGGACAAGUACAUGAAUGUCCUCUUUUCCUGUCAUGUCCGUAAGGUGAAUCGAUUUAGUAAGGUAGAAGACCGAGCGAUUUUUGUCACCGACCGUCACCUGUAUAAAAUGGAUCCCACUAAACAGUACAAGGUGAUGAAGACUAUCCCUCUGUACAACUUAACUGGCCUGAGCGUCUCCAAUGGAAAGGACCAGCUUGUAGUGUUCCAUACCAAAGACAACAAAGACCUCAUUGUCUGUCUCUUCAGCAAGCAGCCAACCCAUGAGAGUCGAAUUGGAGAACUAGUUGGAGUGCUGGUGAAUCAUUUCAAGAGUGAGAAGCGCCACCUUCAAGUGAACGUCACCCACCCAGUACAGUGCAGCCUGCACGGGAAGAAGUGCACCGUCUCCGUGGAGACUCGGCUCAACCAGCCGGAGCCUGACUUCACCAAGAACCGCUCUGGCUUCAUCCUCAGUGUGCCCGGGAACUGAGGCCG